AUGCUUCCCUUCGACCUGUGCACACGGCUGAGCAACGCCUCGAUGGCGCGCCACCGUUGGGUCCCCAUCGCGCCGACACGGCAACACCUCUCGAUCCUCUCCCUCCUGCUCGCUCACGGCUUCAUCUCGUCCGUCUCGUACGGCUCGACCAACACCUCGCCCGUCUCCCCGCCCGACCCUUCGUCGUACGUCUCCGCACGACCGAGCGAGAGGCGCGUCUGGGCCGAACUCAAGUACAGGAACGACCGGCCUGUCCUGCGCAAGAUGAGUCUCGUCUCGAUGCCGAGUCGGAAAGUCGUCCUCGACAAGGACGAGAUCAGGCGUUUCGUCAAGGGCUCGCGUGUGAAGUUUGUUCGCGGAUUGACGCUUGGAGAGUUGGCGGUCGUUGCGAACGAGCAGGGCAUCUUUGAGGGACGGGACGCGAUCAGGCAGGGACUCGGAGGAGAGGUUAUCGCGCGGGUGGGCUGA